UAUCCAUCAGAAAAUGCAUGCAAACCGAAAGGCAAGAGAGAGAGAAAAUGCUUGCAGAGAUAAACCCUGUUGACAUCAACAGAAUAUGAGAAAGUGAAUUAAUACUCAUUUUCUGAUCUAUUGCCAUUAUUUACGAAGUGUAAUUCAUCUCAUUUUCUCCAAAAGUCGUCAGUUUUAGGAGAAAUUAAGAGCGACCGAGUUAAAUUUGAGUCAAAAUCAGGGGCAGUCGAUAGGCAUGGUCUGGAUGUCACAAUAGCAGCUAGUGAUCCCAGCAGAAAAACGUGGAAAUUAAGUGUGAUUUUCGCGCUGCGCAUUAUUAAAACCUCACAGAUGUUGUCAUAUGCUUUUGCAAGUUAACAUUGGCUAUUUUGCGUCAUUCUAUGCCGUUUGCGGAUUAGUUACGUUUCUUGGUUUUAAAACCUAUAUUUGAGUACCCCCAUACAGAAGACCACAUUAAAUAUUUCUGCGCAUAUAAUGUUGAACAAAAACGUCGGAGAGACAAUCCCGCAAUUCUUCCAAUUAAUAUUAAACGUUCUGAUAACAUUCGUGCUUCUUUGUGAGAUCUUCUAUAUCCUACAGACCAUCUUCGCAUAAGUAGGAAGUCCCGUCAUCUUAUGAAUAUUCAGUUAUUAUGAAUAGUGUAUAGUUGGCACGCCUCCUGGCAACCCGGGAAAAAUCUUAACAGGAAGCAAUUUUAAGUAGAAAAAACUAAACAUGGGACCCAGACAGCGGAUUUUUCUUCAGAUUUUCAAGAUGCCUCGGGAACUGCCACUGUAAACGUGACAUAUACCAGGAAAUUCCUGCUUGAUAAAGACUAAGUAGUAUGUUUGGCGUGUGCUUGCUUAAUAGUUUUGAUGCAACUCUGAGCACAUCACAUUAAAAUGUAUAUAUAAACUCAUUUUCUGGCCAAUGGAAAGAUUUAUGAAACAAGAAAGAGUGUUCAUUUUUUCCAAGGAAUAUUUUUUAAAAUAUGUCUAUUGUCACACCUCAAAAGACUGUCACUAGAAAUAAAUGCUUUAGUUGUUCUGAUUGUGGGAAAUGUUUUACACAACAAGGACAUGUUUCAAGGCAUCGCCAGAUUCACACGGGAGAAAAGCCUCACAAGUGCACUGACUGUGGAAAGAGUUUUGCCCAGCUAAUAAAUUUGUCUACACAUAAGCGGAUUCACACAGGAGAAAAACCUUUUCAGUGCUCUGAGUGCGGGAAAAGUUUUGCAUUUCGAUCAAAUUACAAUAGACACAGGCAGAUUCACAAUGGUGAUAAGCCUUACAAAUGCUCUGUUUGUGGAAGAUGUUAUGCUCAUAUGAUCCAGCUUGCACAACAUGAACGGACUCAUAGGGGUGAAAAACCCUAUCAGUGUACCGAGUGUGGGAAAACCUUUACACAACAUUCAAAUCUUACAAGCCACUUCUUGGUACACACUGGAGAGAAGCCGUAUAAAUGCACUGAUUGUGGAAAGAGCUUUACAAGAGUAACCAAGCUGUCACACCACCAACGUCUUCAUACAGGAGAGAAACCCUUUUCAUGUGUAGAUUGUGGAAACAGUUUUGCAAAUUCUAAAGAACUUGGAGAGCACCAGAAUACUUGCAAAACAGAGAAACCAUUUAAAUGCACAGACUGUGGGAAGAGCUUUAUGCGUCCUUACAAUCUCUCACAACAUCGGAAAAUUUACUUUGAUGAAAAACUAUUUAUUUGCACUUAUUGUGGGAUGAGUUUUGCACGGUUUACAUGCCUUUCUGAACACCAGUUAAGUCACAGUGGAGGAAAUCCUUUUGAGUGUAAGGAAUGUAAGAAAACAUUUACAAGGCUAACAAACCUGACACGACACCAGCAGAUUCACAAAGGAGAUGCACUCAAAUGUACAAUAUGUGGAAAGGCUUUUACACGUCGGGAUAAUCUUACAGUUCACCAAAGACUACACUCACAAGAGAGAUCUCUCUACUAUAAUAUUGUUGCAUUAGACUUUGACAAUGUCAGUACGGAAGUGGAAAAGUCAGCAGGAUAAUUCUGAAUGAAAAAGUGCAGGUGCAGAAUGACUUUCGGUAAACAUUUUGAUAUAAUGCACUGUGAUUUUAUAUUUGCAAUUGCUAAAACAAAAAUUAAAGGGAAACUUGAUGAACAUGAAUGAUGAAGGAAGGAAGAAUAGGUUAUAUGAGUCCAGAAGAUUAUGAAAGAAAAAUUCAACUUCAUCAGUAAAUGUAUGAAAGUAAAAUAAAAAAUGGGCUAUGUGAUAAGGCCACGUAAGGGUGCACAAUAAGCCUUAUUUAAAGAUAUGAAGGGAAGCCUGGAAAUUGAAGGGUGCAAUAGAAUGUAGCUUUCCAGUGAACAAAGGACGCCUGACACCAGGUUGCUUGUGAAAAAAAAAAUCAUACUAUUCUAACCCGCUGUUUAAAAAUGAACAAAUAAAACUUUUUUCUUUU